GCCGGGAGUACAUAUGAGGUUAGUCUCAGUCAAGAUGCCGGAAAAAGUAGCCGUGGUGACUGGUUCUAAUAAAGGUCUCGGCUUUUCCACCGUCAAGGGCCUGUGUCAAAGAUUUAAAGGAGUUGUGUACUUGACAUCCAGAGAUGAAGGCAGAGGCAGAGCAGCCGUCGCCGAGUUAAACAAACUUGGUUUAAAGCCAGUCUAUCAUCAACUUGACGUCGCUAACAGGGAAAGCGUCAAAAGAUUCAGUGAACAUCUCAAGAAAACCCACGGUGGCAUCGACAUUUUGGUCAACAACGCAGCAGUGGCUAACAGCAAGGAAUUAUACAAUUCUUACGAAGAAAGUAAGGAGAUCGUUGAUAUUAAUUACUAUUCUAUAUUAACCAUUCAAGAAUUUAUCUUCCCACUCGUACGAAACAAUGGCCGAAUCGUAAAUAUAUCUAGUGAUUGCGGACACCUUUCUAACGUCAAGAACAACUAUUGGAUUGAGAGGCUGUCGAGAAAAGAUUUAACAGUUGACGAUAUCAAUGAAUUCGUCGCUUGGUAUUUGAAGGCAGUGAAAGAUGGAACAUUUGAUUUCGAUAAAGAAAUAGCGGAUGGGGGCACCGUGGCUGCGUAUAGGGUCGCUAAAGUUGCUUUGAGUGCCUUGACUAUGCUCCAGCAGAAGGAUUUGGCGCCGAGAAAUAUUUCAGUGAAUUCUAUGCAUCCAGGACUCGUCAAAACUGAUAUGACGAUAGGAGUUGGGUUCUACAGCGCUGAUCAAGCGGCUGAAACGCCUCUUUAUUUGGCGCUUGAAGCCCCGCAAGAACUGAGAGGAGCAUACAUAUGGUACGACAGAAAAGUCCUGGACUGGUAUGACUACAAAGCGGAUUAUUAUUUCAAGAGUAAAACAUUGAAUAUGAAGUAUGAUUAUUGACAUAGAUACGCAAAUCUGCUCAAAAUUUGUGCAGUGCUUAAGAAUAGAUACAAAAAUGGGAAGAAGAAGGCAGAAGAAAGGCGAACGACAGAGUGCAAUGGAAGUUGCUGGACGAAGCCUAAGUGUGGCACACGCUGUGGGAAGACUAGCAAUAUCCUCUCUCAUCUGUACGUGUUCCUCGUUUCUUCCUCAGCCGUUGAACGUCGGAGCCCAGGGUCUGCUUUCUUACUUUUCCGUCUUCACUUCGCACGGACGUCGGUAUG